AAGCGGAAAUGAAAAUAAUGAAAGCAUUUCUGGCAACAUAAAAUGGAUUUAUGUGUUUCGUCUCAAUCAGUCGCUGCUGAUCAGGUAGGAAAAGAUCUAUUCAAGGAAGCGUACAAGUUCUAUGCGAGACGAAAACCUCCUCCUGAUUUCAAGGAUGUCAUUGAUUUUCGAGAAACAAAAAAUCAUGUUGAGGUUGACCAAGUGCCAUACAGUGGUUUAUCAGGACAGGACUUAACAUUAAAAGGACUUAUUCCAACAUACAAGUGGGAGGUCUUCACAUUGACUACUAAUCCAGGGUUCUUCUUCAUCAGGAAUCCAUUUGAACCUCACUAUCAGAAAUACUGGGUAAAACGGUGCCUGGAGGAUUACCAUAAUAAACCAAACAAGACCAACAUUGAUGCUCACUUAGAUGAAGACAGGAAGGAAAAUUUGUGGGAGACACACGUAAAAGAUCCAAGUCACAGUAAUAUGAAGCACUUGCAUUGGGCAACAUUGGGAUACCAGUAUGACUGGAAUGAAAAGAAAUACCACAAGGACCAGUGCACAGCCUUUCCUGAGGACUUGUCUUUGCUGUCCAGUAUCAUAGCAGAGCGGGUGGGUUUCCCCGCCUUUACAGCCCAAGCCUCCAUUGUUAAUUACUACCACCUGAACUCCAAGCUGGGUGGCCAUGUGGACUAUUCAGAGUUCGACCAUGAUGCACCCCUGCUGUCCAUCAGUUUUGGUCAAUCGGCUAUUUUCCUGUUGGGUGGUGUGACCAAGUCAGUUAAGCCAGUGGCCAUGUACAUCAACAGUGGAGACGUUGUGGUCAUGUCGGGUGCAGCAAGAUUGGCUUAUCAUGCCGUGCCAAGAAUCCUACCAGGAACACUGGAUAAACUAGACUCUCCUCUCCCAGUCCUUGUGGAUGCUGCAGGAAAAACUGUUUCCCAAGGUGGCAACUUGCCAGUUUCUCUUUCUCUCAAUACUAUAACACAGACAUGUCACAUUGCUUCAAAUAUAGAUGCUCCAGAUAUACCUCAAAAACAGAAUGCUGGACCUGAUCAACAAGGCAAUGGCGCCAGAGGUCAAACGGCUAAUUCUCUGUGCUCAAACUGCCAGUCACACAUGAAAGUCAAGGUGCUAAAACUACAUAAAAGUGAAAGUGUUCAAAGGCAUAACAGUGAAAUUUGUUCAGGUUGUUACAAUGCUCAACUAGCAAAAUCGAGUUGCUCAAGAGAGCAAAUAUACACAGAUAGAGGGAAAGAGCAAGAAAUAUCUGCUCCAUCUCUUCAAGAAGUUACAAAGGAAGGUGCAGCUCAAAGUGACCUUCAAAACAAAAAUGAAAAACUGAAAACAGUAAAUGAAAAAAUUGCCCGUGAUUUGCACCACUUGCAAUGGGCACCAUUAAGAGAGUGGCUCGAGACUGGCAGAAUUAAUGUCAAUGUUAGACAAGUAUUAAAGCACGGACAUGAUUUUCCUGAGAAAUAAACUUUUAAUGGCCUUGUGUGAUUUAUAAAAAGUCAUAUAUUUUACUUUUAUAAAUCUUAAAUGACCAUAAAUUUAUGUAGCAGUUACAAGUGAUGCAGCUAAGUGUGAAAAGGGUUCUGGUAUAGUAUGUGGAAUGAUAAUCAAUUUUUUUUACCUCGUUACAAUAAAUAUGUUACAAUAUUUUCAAAUCCACAAUAAGUGUUAAGGUGCAAUUUUAAACAGU